AUGCCUGUCCGCUGGUCAUCAACCUAUGUUAUGCUCAACCGUGUGGAGAAGAUGAAACCUUUUGUCAACACUUUUGUAUAUGAACUUGGUGUUCGAGAGCCUAACCUUGCAAAGCGUGCAAAAAUUGACCAUGUGUUAUGUGCUGAUAUGUCUCUCUUGUCACUGACUAGUUUCUCGUCUGAUAAAGGCUCAACCCUUCAGCUUGCAUUGCCAGCUCUCAAAGCCUUGCAUAAGGCUUGGAUGUCUCAUUCUGAGAGUUCAAAGUAUGAGCCCUUUCAUACAGCCUUGAAUGCAGCUGUUGAAAAGAUCUGUGGGUACUAUGAGCGAACUGCAGACAAUGAUGCAUAUAUCAUGGCUAUGUUGCUUGACCCAUCACAGAAGGACUCACAUAUUAAGCACUUCUGGGGUAAAGAAACACAUAUUGAUGCUCUCCGUGAGGCUGAGAGAAUGGUGAGUUUGUCUUCUUGUUGA